AUGAAUCGUCAAAACGGUCAUAAUCAUUAUGGAGGACAACAACUUUGGAUAAAAAUCGAUCUUAGAGAAAUAUAUUUUUUUCCAAGUAGAGAUAUCAUUCGAAGAUAUCAAUGCAGACAAAUUGAAUUAUUACUUAAAUAUACCAUUAAAAGCAUAGCGAUUGAUUUUAUUGAAGGCCAAGAACUUAAUGAAGUAAGGAUUCCCAUUGAACAAGUUGUUGGAUUUAAAGUUAUCCAAGAUAAGUACAUUGAAAUUGAAUUUCGUAAGGAUUUUCAUAGGACUUAUUUUGUUCAUGACCUUAAUCAAAAUACGGUUUUUUUAACCCGUAAGGAUCCAACCGGUUACAUGGAAGGUGUUACAAAGAUAAUUUUUACACCUUGUGAAAAAGUUCAUCCCAUGACAAUUUUUAUGUUUGAAGUUGGAAUUAAGUGGAUGGGUGUUCCAAUUGAUAAAGAUAAAAAUUAUGAAACUGGUGAAACAAAGCAAGUUGAUAAGGAUCUGAUAACCAAUAUUCCACCAUUAAAUUAUAAACCCGAGUAUAAUAUUACAUGUUACUCUUUGAAUUUAAAGAGGGCAAUUUGUUUACAAAUGGAAGAAUCCUUUUUGGAUUUAUUGAAAUUAAUUCAUAAAAAAUUGGGUUUUGAAAUAGCUUCUAUUAAAUAUAAGGAUGUCGAUGGUAAUCUAAUUACGGUUGAAGACGAAGAAGAUUGGGAUGCCGCCAAAUUGAAUUUUAAAUGGCAAGACUUUUCGAAUUUCGAAAUCUACGUAGAUUAA